AUGUCUACCGCUAUGUCGCGUUCAGAUUCUCGCGACUCGACAUCUUCGGAUUACUUUACCUCAGCACCUAUGCAGGUCAAAUACAGUCAAGCAACUACUUCUUCCACGAGGAUGCCUCGCGACAGCUUCUCAUCAGGGUGGCUGCCGUCGCCAUACAGGUCCUGCAUGAGUCACAGUUCGUCCUCUCAAGGCUAUGACUCGUCGUCGUCGUCAUCAUACAUCUCAGACGACGAUUUGCUAGCUCUCGACGAUCUGGCCAUGCCACCCAUCGAGCACAUUCCAUCAGUCACGUCUGCACCACAACAACCAAAGCAUGAGAUGACCACGGAAGAGCAUAUCGCAAUGCUCCGAGAGAUGCAGGACCGAGAGCAGGCACAAAACCAGCAGCAAAGACAACGCGCUCAGCAACAACGUGCUGUUCGCUUCGCUACUGAGCAAAGGAAACCAAGAAGGCCUUCGAACUUGUCACAGAGGCGCAAUACUUCUCAGACCAUGGCGCGAAGAACAUGA